AUGACAGUUCAGAUAACCCCGGAUGUGGACACCGUGCUGGAGGCAGUUAGAGAUGGAUUGUUCGUUCGCUUUGCCCAAGUCGCUGCAGGAACACUUUUCGCUUAUGAUGUUCUUCUCAAUUUGAAUGUCGAAUUCAAGUAUGUGUGGGCAGCUCUCAAUCCUCGCAAUCGGCCAGUCAAGAUAUCAUCAGUGGUGUUCAACCUGAUGUACCUUGUACAGAGGUACCUACCGUUGUGGGAUCGGAUUAUUAUGGAUACAUAUUACAUCCUGGGUCCGUCCGACACGAAAUCAUGUGAGAUCACAUAUGAGAUGAGUGCAUGGAGUACAAUUAUAGGGAUUCACCUUUCGGAAUUCAUUCUCGCGAUGCGGAUAUGGGCAGUUUGGGUGAAUAAGCCUUCUGUUAUGGUUAUGUUGGUUACACUGGCAGCGUCAGUCUCAAUUCCUGCACUGCUCUUCUUCGUCAGAUUUGUAAGAGGAAUCCAAUGUCGUGAACUCCAUAUGCUCAGCAUGCUAAAACCUCAAGGAUGUUUUUGUUCGUCGAAGAACAAGGACCUUUACGUCAGUUGGAGCAUGUUGAUGGUCAUUAAUACCGUCGGUUUCAUACUGAUGGCUAUACCUGGUCUCAAAGCUUAUCGGAGAGGCGGCAGAUCAAACCUCAUGAAGGUUGUCUAUCAGGAUGGCGUCAUAUACUAUGCGUCAAUCUUCAUGGCAUCAUUGAUCAACAUUGUGAUCAUUCUCCGACUGCCGUCCAGUUUUGUGAUUAUGGUCUCUCCGCUUGAACACGUCAUCCACUCCAUUCUUGCCAGCCAUGUAGUUCUUCACAUACGAAAAGUGGCUUAUGUGCAGAAUGGGGACAUGUUGAAUGGUAUAACGAUGAUAGAAGAGCUCGAGAACACUGAGGUCCUGUUCGCUCCGAACGUCUUGCGAUCCGAUACUGAACCUGAAAACCAAAGAAAUUGUGAUGCCGAGACCGGCUAUCGUUGA